AUGGAUGCAUUACAGUGGCAUGCACAUACCUUUGAUUCCUCAAGUCUUGAUGAUAGCGACUGGGACUCAGACACAACUAAUGACUCAUAUCAGUCAGAUUUGGACUUUCGAUCACAUCUUCAUAGAUCUCCUUCGAUUGAUUCUACUGAUUCUUCUGGCCCUGCGCAAUAUUGGUUGGAUGCCUUCUUAGAAUUGGCAGUGGCACCAGAAGAUCUACCCGAUGCCUAUGAAUUGGCCAUGACCCCUGAGGACUUCAUCUCAUCAGACCCGGAAUCAGAAAGUUCGAAAACAGAAUAUGACGACGAAGAACUACUCAUAUUGAAUAGUCCCGAUGCACUCUAUCAGCUUUUUCUCAAGGACAAGCUACAAGUCCAAAUCAGUGCCUCAAAGCAGUGGGAACUUUUGUGUCCGGACUGUGCAGAGUGGUGUCAGACUGGCAUACACUCGGGCAUCAACUUAUGGAUAUCCGGACAAACCCCUCCUAUGGAGGUCACCAUGACCUCAGCCCCUAUCCCGCCAUAUGCACCGUCUUGGAAAGACUUACCGACUCAACGGAGACUCAUAGAGACGCCUAGAACGGCCUGGAUGCCGUUAGAUGACCUAGACCAGCCUGGGCUACAUCUGGACGGACCUAGAUGGUCCUCGACCCGGAUCAUGGAGAAGCUCUGCUUCAUGGUCAGAAGAGAAGCCGCAUGCCGCAGCAUGCGCAGUUAA